AUACUACUAUGGCACAUAACCAGGUCAUUUUUGCCUUCUCACUGGACGUCGCGGCGACUGAACCUUUCUUGCAGCAAUACCAUGUUAUCAACGAAUUAUUCCUAUGCAUGUGGGAUGAUGCAUACGGAUUACAUUGCAACGCGUUUGUACAUGGGGGCGAUAUGGCAACCCAUCUCCGAGAAGCUCACGGAAUUAGGGGCCCGGAUAACCUCCCCGUCCUUUGCCGUUGGGAGGGUUGUAACGCUCCGAUGAACAAAGAAAGCCUUACGCGCCAUGUACAAGGAACGCAUCUCGGGAUCAGGUAUCCUUGCAACACCUGCGGCCGGGUAUUCACGCGUAGAUACGGCCUGGAAGUGCAUCAGAUAAACUGCCCUUAAUAAAAUAACGGGUGGUAUCAUAGUGGCUUGACUUGUGUAGAUGCUGAAGCAGCCGGCAGGAACGGCGGACUGAUGGGUAGGGGGAAACCUCACGUGGAAUAGUGGUUUGAAUUGCGUAGAUGCUCAAGCAGCCGGCAGGAACGCGGACUAAUGGAGGUAGGGGGACGGAGAAAUGGAGGGGACAUGGGUGUCCCCUCCCCCAGAUAUACGUCCUACUAUAUAGACCUGUAUCUAAAAAUGUGAAAAACGCCGGAGCGGGCUACUGAGUGUUACAAGA